GCAGCCACUCCACAUGUCAAAAACAAGACAAUCAGCUGUUCGGGUCAUAAAAAGUUACCAGAUAAAUGCUCUCCUGAUGGAUUUACGUCUUAAUUUGUUUUGGUUUUAACGGCUCAGACUCUGCAUUCUAAACUUUGUGGCCUGUCAGUGCGCUCUGGCUGAUUUAUGAGAGGAUAACUGUCCACACUCUGCUGUUUUGUGUGUGUUUUUUUUUUAAUUGUACAUGCUCUCAUUCAUCUGGACGCACGAGUGGAGCCUUAUGACAUUACGCACAGACCGGGAGCGGGGCUGCAAAUGGGCGGCAUAGGUGGCACUCUCUACCUCAGCAUGUUGAAUGGGACUGAAACGCAAACUUUCGCAAAGAACACCGACAUCAGCAGUCACCUGCACCGCGGCGGGAAGGAUCUAACCGAGUUCAAGAUGGGGAUUCAGGACGCGAGGUUUUACUACCCAGACUGUGUUCAGAGCGGGCAGGACGCUCUGACUCUGCCCUACAGCUCGGAGCAGGCGGUGGGGGGUUACGCAGCGCAGUCCGGCAGGUUUUACGCACAGAGCCUCAGCAGCUGCCCCUACGGCGGCGUGCGCUCUCCUCCAAGGAGCGCAGCCGGACAGGGUUACAUCCCGGCGGCUGGAGACGGCUUUACAGGCGGGAAAGACUUGUACUCUCCCUCAUCGGAGAAUUACCCGACAGGCUUUCAGCACGGCUACCAGCGGCCGCCUCUCUACCCUUUACCUGGGCUCCAGGUGUGCGGGAAGACGCAGGCUCUGCUCAAUAACUACCCGCUGUGGGCCAAGUUUCACAAGUUCCAAACCGAGAUGAUAAUCACCAAACAGGGCAGGAGGAUGUUCCCUUUCCUGAGCUUUAACAUCAGUCUUCUGGAUCCGACCGCUCACUAUAACGUCUACGUGGACGUUGUUCUGGCUGAUCAGCAUCACUGGAGGUACCAGGGCGGCAAGUGGGUCCAGUGUGGGAAAGCAGAAGGCAACAUGCCAGGAAACAGGAUGUACAUGCAUCCUGACUCUCCAAACACCGGAGCUCACUGGAUGAGACAAGAAGUUUCCUUCAGCAAACUCAAACUCACCAACAACAAGGGCAGCACCAACAAUGUGGCACAGAUGAUCGUGCUCCAGUCGCUCCAUAAGUACCAGCCUCGUCUUCACAUCGUGGAGGUUAAAGAGGAUGGGUCUGAGGAUCCUUUCUUGUCCUCUAAAGCUCAGACCUUUAUCUUCCCCGAGACUCAGUUCAUCGCUGUGACGGCUUAUCAGAACGCAGACAUCACUCAGCUGAAAAUAGACCAUAACCCCUUCGCCAAAGGUUUCCGCGACAGUUAUGACACGCUCUACGCUCCUCCAGACUCUGACCGCCUCACCCCCUCCCCCACAGAGAGCCAGCAGCUGCUGACAGGGGGCUGCUACACCCAGGGCUACUUCUCAGAGCAGUACAUGAGCCCCCUUCCUCAGGGCCGCUUCAGUAUGGGCCAGCAGCGUAAAGACCCCACCUCCAGCCCCAGUCCUCACAGCCACUGGUACCUGCCACCUCAGCAGGGCGUCACCCCAAACCGGCUUGACUUCUCCUCCUCUUAUGACAGCGACUUCUCUGGAAACGGAUUCUACAAGCCUUUCCCUCUGCAGACAUCCGCUCACCACGCCCUCAGCUACUACCCAGAGCAUCCUUUCGCUUCUACCAGCGUGUCUGUAUCAGGACCCACAUCAGCGGGCUGGACCACCAGCCGGCCCACCCCUCAGUACCUCAGCCACCCAAGCAAGCACGGCCCCAGUCUAGGCUGGUUCAGACCCAUAUCAUCUUCUUCUUCCUCCUCUUCGUCUUCCACAUCACCUGGUAACCCCAGGCUGCACCCGCCCUCGCUCCUGGAGCCCCUGCAGACGCCGCUGCUGCAGGAGAAACCCAAAGACUCAGUGGACGGGGUGAGCGAGGACCCCUGGCUCGAGCCUCCUUCUGUGAAAUCAGCGGCCUCGACGGACUCAGGCCUGUUUGAAAGCAGCGUGGGGGACAACAAGAAGAGGAGGGUGUCGCCCUACACGUCCAGCACUGAAAACUCCCCGCCCCCGCGGAGUGGAGACGUCUGUGAGAAGGACAGCAACAGUGAUGCAGACUACUAUGGUUACUACACCCACUGAUGACCUCACAACCUCAUGAUCAACAUAGUCUCACCCAUAUGGCAUCAAUAUUGUUACAAAACUUAAGAGCACAGUUUAAUGUGUUAAGAGCAUAACUUAUUGGUUUUGGGCUCAGAUGUAUCUUUGAACUUUCCAUUAGAAAAAAAUGCUUUUGUGAACUUAAAUGUCUGCUUGCGCUCAAAGUUUUAGAUCAACCGGCCAAAUUUCUGGCAGUUCCCAAACAAUUCUCGUCUCAUUCCAAUUGCUUGGUCUUCUUUGUGAAACUGGCACUCUCUGAUUUUUUCUCUGUGUGCUCUUAUAAAAAUGUAUCCGUGUGUGAAUGAAUCUGUCUGUCUAAAUGUAUAUCUGCUCUUGGAUUUUUGAUGAACAAACCAAUAGAAAACAGGUACAGGAUCAGCAACCAAUCAUGUCUGGUCUGCCCGUUGUUGCUAUGUUGUUCUCCAGGAGACGUUUUCUCUGAUCUCAUUAAGAGAGGCCCAACAUACGGUCACAUACGCACACAUCAUCUCAGCUAACUUCCAAGCCAAACUUUUGUACGUGAACAGAGAAAGUUUUGAGCAUGUGCAAAGAAAUGUUCAUACAGAGAACACAGAGAAAUUACUAUGCAUGCAGUGAAGGUUUCAGACACACACAUAAAAGUUUUGUACAUGCACAAAGAAAGUUUUGAAAGCACACAGAGAAAUUUUUAGAGUGCAGGCAGACAAAGUUAAAGACAAAGGUAUGAACAGAAAGUUUCUUGUAGGCAUGGAGAAAAUUAAGUACAGGAAGCAGACAGUUUUGUCACGCACAGCAUGUGCAGGCAGGGAAAGCAUUGACAAAGUUUUGAGAGUAAGCCGAGAAAUUUUCUCAAGCAUGCAGAUAAAGUUUUGUACGUAAAAGUGUUUUAUGGGCAAAGCCUUGUAUGUGCUUGGCUUCACGUUUCUUAUGCAUGGAGAGAAAAAUUACAUGUAUGUGCAGAAAAAUUUCUUCAGAAAGUUUCUACAUGCUCAGUAAAAAUUUGGUUUGCAAGCAGAGAAAGUUUUUGAUUAUGGGCAGAGAAAGUGUUGUACGCACUCAAGAUAAGUUGAGUAAGUGCACAGGAGAUUUUGAACGUGCACAGGUAGAGAAAGUCUUGAGCAAAGAAGGGAAUCUUCUCAGUGAAAGUUUUGAGCACAGGCAGGCAGAGAAUCUGGUACGUGUGCAGAGAAAGUUUCUUAUCAACACAGAAAUUUUGUGCAUAAGCAGAAAAAUGUUAUGAGCACUAGCAGAAAAAGUUUUUACAUGGGCAGAAAAAGUUUUGUAAACAUGCUGUUAAAAUUUCCUACAUGCCCAGAUAAAGUUUUUAGAGCAUGCAGUGAAUGUUCCGACGCAGGCAGAGAAAUUUUUAAGCUCACACAGAGAAAAUUUUGAGCACGUGCAGGGAAAUUAUCAUACAAGCGUACAGAGGACAUCAGAGAGUGGCGUCUCCCAAGUAAGCAGAAGCAACCUGAACAAGAGGAGAAUGGUUUGAGCAUGACUGCAGAAAAUUUCAGCGUGCAACUUUAGUUUUAAGAGUAAGCAGACAUUCAGAGCACACACAGGGUUAAACGGAAAGUUUGAGGAAAAAUCUGAGCCCUAAAUCAUUAAGUCAUGCUUUCAAAAUGUUAACAUGUGCUGUUAAUUUUUAUUUCAACAGUAAUGACUCUGUACGCCCAGCGUCUCCCCAUCAUCAUCUGGAACAAUCUAUUUCCGCUGAGCAUCCGACCACACAAAGCCUCCUCUCAAAGUGUUAGACGAUUACACGAGGAACUUUCAAGGUUACUGUCAAACUUCUCGUUGAACAGAAGUGGAUGUGACUGGGACGCUGCCCUACAGUCACAUAAACACCACGCAGACAAACAGACCUGUGACUUUAGCCUCCAAAGCAUCUGGAGAUUUGGGGGUGAAAAAAUGAUCUGCAUAUCUGCUUGCUGACAGACGCCUGAAGGCCUUGUCUGUUCUUUCUGCAUCAAACACCCUCGGUGUCUCCUCUGCUCUGUCUCGUCUCCAUCUGUCUCUUCCUUCUCACCUUCAGCCAUUCACACGUACUCCCCCAAUAUGCUCACGUUCAUUUCUCCCCAUCAUUCCAAGCAGAAAUUAGAUUGAACUCCCUUUUUCUCAUCAAUCAGGCUCUAAAAUGUGCAGUACAGCACCCUCUGGUGGCCACAGAGGAGCGCUUCAGUGCAGAGGCCAGGGAUGUCUGAGUUAACUAAUGUCAGGAGGUUAAGAGGGUUUAGCCGGCACAUGUUCUGAAGUACGACCGCUAAUCUAGCUCAGUCCAGCUCUGAUUAUCUCCCAGUGUGUUUGUGUGUGUGCUGAGUGCAGAAAUAGCAAGUCCUUCCACCUGGAGACGACCCAGAGGGAAACCGAUAGGAUGGAGGAGUUACUCAGCAACAAUAAAACUGUAGUUAUUUUAAUUUUAGAUUGGCAGAAAAAACUGUCCAGUAAUGAGUACUUUAUAGACAAAAAAAACCCAGACAAUUACCAUCAAAGUGACGAUAAAAUAACCUGCUGAUCGGGGUUAUUGUACACCUAAACUGUCCUUUACCUUGAUUUGAGCUGCAACUCUCAGACCUUUAACAAAAUGACUCUAAAACUCAUUCGGUCCAGAAGCCAAACUUUGAACAUUUGUUUGAAGAUGGGCUUAAAAAUACAAAA